GCAAAUCCUAUUCAAUUUCAAAUUUGAUCUCAGAAAAUAGGAAAAAGAACAAAAUCAAAAUAACCAGUUAAUGAAUUGCUUUUGGAUGAUGAUAAACGCAAACAGUAUGGUAUGGAUCACAGGGUCAAUCCUAUGAAGGCCUCACAAGCAUGGAUUAAGAAGCGAAAAGCUUUUGAUCAACGAGGUGAUAUGGCUAUUGCUGCUUGGGCUGAGCAGCAGCAGCUUGAGAUGAAUCUUCGUGUUCGCCGUCUUACUCGUUCAAAGGUAUCAUUUAUCAUCAUCUCAAUGGACAGUACACUUAAGCGAUAUACACUAGUCUUGAAGAAAAGAGACUUGAUGCGAAAGAAAGCAGGGGAAGAGAAGAAAAAGAUUAUUACUCAGCUUUUGGCUGCCGAGGGGCUUGAGCUGGACAUCGACGACGAUGAAACUCUGUAGAAAGAUAGUUUAGCUCAUUACUCUCCUGUACAUCAUACAACAUUACAGAAUGAAAUGCAUAUUCUAUUUGUGGAAUAGGUAAGUGUACAUAUGACUAAUCGUGAAGGAAUUAAUGAGAAUUGCCAUUAAGAGCCA